UCAGCGCGUCGUCUCGCGGCCUGGUGAAACUGAUGUCAUUGUAAACAAACACUGAACCGUCGCGUGCAUGCAGUGAAGUUCAAAUGCGUCAGGGAACCGCACAACACACAAAAGGUACAUGCUCCGGUUCUUCCGCUACAUUAACAACACGGUGAAAUACAAGGCCCUAUAUAAAGAUGAUGCGAGCUGUCAAAUGCACAUUUUAGAUUUCACGAGCCUGGGGGAGGUUAAGUUCAUCCUGUCCGGUAGAUGCAAAGUUUACUCUUCAUCCGUCUCACCAAGCCGUCAUCAUGACGUCAUUCUGGCGUCAGACGUAUUGUUUGUUUCGCCGCAACCUGUUGCUGAAGAGACGAAACAUCAAACAACUUCUGUUGGAAUUGGUGGUCCCCUGCUUAUUUAUUGCCGCCCUUGCGGUCAUCCAGAGCAUGACAGCAACUUUAACAUUCGAUCCUGAAAAGUACGAUACCUUCCACGACUACCAGCUGCUGGAAUCUAAUGCCACGACCCACCGCUCGUUCUUCCCCGACGCCAGCAAACCCUGGGCCUACACCCCCAACACCACCGACACCAGCCGUGUCAUGGGCGAGGUCCAGGCGACCUUCGGGGACCACGCACCGCCGGAGAUGCUCCCUUUCAGCAGCGAGGCCGACAUGGUGGCGGCGUUCAACCGCUCGCACUUCAGCGAGAUCGACAUCGGGGUUGUCUUCAGCCACAACUUCCCGGACGAUCUGACACUUGUCAUACGCAUGCCGUACGGGAGUGUAGCCAGCAAAGCACUAGGACCAUUCCCGGACUCAGAACUUUGUUUCAGUUUUGAUUCGUCCGACGGUUCGCCCGGUCUUGUCUCUUCUGAUGCCAACUCGUAUCUGUACUCUGGUUUCGCCGCUCUUCAAGUCGUCUUGCAAAAUGCUGUUGCAAAGGUAGUAACGGGACAAUCUAUUCCAGUGCCUGACAUGUGGGUUCGGAUGUUUCCUUUGGGAGAAUACUUCGGUUCAUACCAGCAGUCAUUACUCUUAUGUGUUGUGGCCUACGUUCUAAUGUACGGCUUUUUCGUCAGCAUACUGCUGACCAAUCUCGUGUAUGAGAAAGAGAAGAAGAUCAAGGAGAACAUGCUGAUGAUGGGAAUGUCCAACGCAGCCUUCUGGCUUGCCUGGUUCAUGGUCUAUGGGAUCGUGCUCAUAGUGGUUUCUCUGAUCAUUACACUGCUGAGUAAAUACGCCAUCAAUACCACAGCGACGGGAGAUUUCUUCCUUGUCUUCCUAAUUCUCUUCCUCUACGGAAUGUCACUUAUCAGUCUUGCGUUUAUGCUGACGCCGUUUUUCAACAAGGCCGUGGCCGCUGGGGUGUUUGCGACGGUGCUUACCUUGAUUCUGACCGUGGUGUACGUGGCCAUCACUUUAAGUUCUGGCGUCGACAUUUCCAUCAAGUGGCUGCUGUCUUUCUUUUCACCAACAGCUGCCGGUCUAGCCAUGGACCAGGCCUUGCUGUAUGAGACGCUUGGACCUGGGAUCCAUUUUGACAACAUCGGGCUGGAUGGUUACCCGCCGUACGUGGCCAUGCUGGCUAUCGACACCGCGCUGUACUUCCUACUUGCCGUAUAUUUUGACAACGUCAUACCUGGGAACUACGGUCAGCACAAGCCGCCGUGGUUCUGCUUCAUGCCUUCGUACUGGCGCAAAGGUUCAAACACUGGUGUCAGCAGCCCUCUGGAUUUUGACAGAUUUGAUGCAAGGAAAGAUGUGGAGAAGGUAUCCCCGGAAAUGAGAGCCACUACUGGUAUCAGGAUUUGUAAUUUGUCCAAGACGUUUAAGGGAGGUUGGGGUGAACCAGAUGUUCUUGCUGUGAAAGAUAUGACACUGGACGUCUACGAGGGCCAGAUCACCUGCCUCCUGGGUCACAACGGGGCCGGUAAGACCACUCUGAUCAACACCCUGACUGGCCUGAUAACAGCCGACAGCGGCCAGGCCACCAUAUGUGGCUACAGCAUCCGGGAUCCCAUACAGAUGCAGAAGAUUCGGUCCAUGAUGGGGGUGUGUCCUCAGGAGGACACGCUCUUUGACACCCUGUCGCCUCGGGAACACCUCAAGGUGUACGCCGGACUGAAAGGGGUACCUUCAAGUGAAACCAAUUCAGAGGUGGAGAAGAUGUUGAGGCAAAUCCAGCUAAUAGAUUCGGCCAACACCAAGUCUAAGAACCUUAGUGGUGGGCAGAAACGCAAACUGUGCGUCGGAAUUGCUCUGAUCGGAGACCCAAAGGUUCUGUUUCUCGAUGAGCCGAGUAGCGGCAUGGACCCGUACUCUCGCCGGCAGAUGUGGUCACUCCUGAAGAACCAGCGACAGGGACGGAUCAUGGUGCUCACUACUCACUUCAUGGAGGAAGCUGACAUCUUGGCAGAUCGUAAAGCUGUGAUGUCAAGAGGAAGUCUCCGUUGCUAUGGUUCCUCCCUCUUUUUGAAGAAUCGAUUCGGCAUUGGAUACCAUCUUGGCAUGGUUGUGGAGCAGGAUGUAAAUGUUCAACAAAUCAACCAACUGGUGACAAGACAUAUUCCUGAGGGUAAGGUCUCUCGAAGUCACGGCAUGGAAUUGUCUUAUACACUACCACUUCAGGAAUCGGACAAAUUCCCAGGUCUGUUUCAAGCUUUGGAGGAAACCACUGAGAGCGGUCAAACGGUUGCCAAGCAACUUGGGAUCCAGUCGUAUGGUGUCUCCAUGACAACGCUGGAGGAAGUCUUCCUGAAACUCAGCGAAGAAGAGGAAGCAGAUGAGCAAGAUUUGCAGAAGAAUUCAUCGGUACUCCCCACAGACGAUUCUGAGACAACGCCACUCCUUCAGGCGAGAGAAGAUUCUCGUGAGAACACUCUCGUUGAUGCUGAUCCCAUGUCGUUGGAUGUUGAGCAUUACAUCACACAACCUCUUCGGCCGGGCAAGUACCAGAUAAGGACGCUCUGCAAAGCCCAGCUGCAACAGAUCCUACGCAGUCCCAAGACGUAUUUCUUCCGACUCGUAUUCCCAUGCUUGAUCAUGGUUCUGGCCGCCAUCUUGACGGCAACCGUCACACUGGACACCACUUAUGGCCUUGACGAAGGUCCCCUGAUCCUUGACCCUAAGAUGUACGUGGAGACCACUUCUCAUAGCUCGAGACUACAGACGCCUCUCCUGUACGAAAACAACCUCACAAUGGGUGAGCAGGACAUCAAGUUGCUGACCGACCAGUUUCAUCGCAUGGGGCUGGUCAACAGAGGCAUUGACGACGUGAGCCAAGUGAUGUCAGUUGCCCCACACAAUCUGGCCAUAGUCGCCGACAGUUUGGGUGAAGGAACCAACGAGACUCCGAAGGCCGUGGCAAUGUACAACUGCUCGGCGGUCCACUCUCUUCCGAUCACACUCAACAUUCUCAGCAACGCCUUCCUGCCUCUUCAGACCAGAGAUAAGAGAGUCUUGGACAUGACCAUCGCCAGCCACCCGUUCCAGGUGCAAAUCUCUACCUUUCGUGAGGCGAAUCCUGGGAUUUUCAUGAUGGUUGGCAUCGGACUGGCUAUGGUCAUCCCACCCAUGGGCUUCAUGAUCAACGUUGUCAAGGAACGACAGGAUCAAGUGCUCGCCCAGCUGCGAGUAUCAGGGGUCUCAAUGGCCAAUUACUGGGUGUCGCAUUUCCUGAUAGACGCCGCUCAGAUGUUCUUGAUUGUCAUCGUCGCUGUCAUCCUCAGCUUGGCUUCUGGAUUCUCCAUCCAUGGGACGUCGCUGACUACGGCAGGAGGGAUGUUCGUUUUUGCCGUCUUUAUGAUCAUCUUCACACCGUUGUCCGUUUUGUUCUCCUACUGCCUGAGUUUCCUCCUCAGAGAGUACAAGAUGAGUCUGUGGGUCGCUCAGUUGUUAUACAUAUAUCUGCCUGUCUUCAUUGCAGUGAUGACCAUUGUUCUUCAUCAUUAUGUACUCGGGGCAUUAAUGCCGAUGUUAUUGGAACUGACCCGCGAUCUUGGUCUGGUCUUUAGCUUUCUCUAUCCUCCAUUCUCUGUCUUCAUGAUGCUGUACCAUAUCGAAUCGUUCUAUCAACAAUUAUACCGAUUUGAACAAUUGGACACGCUUACAUUCCAAGCGUACAUGACGUUCGACGCAUUAAUGCUACCAAUCAUCAUAUGUGUCCUACUAUCACUUGUGGUGGUGGUGUUCUUAUUGUACUUCUUGGAUACCUUUUCUUCUGGAGGCAAUCUGCGGGAUGUGUUCAGGUUGAGGAAAAGGACCAAUCCAGCUCUCCCAAACGAUGACAUAAUUGAGGAUGAAGAUAGUGACGUGCGUCUGGAGCGACAGAAAGUGGAAGCCGUGUUACGUAAAGGCAGUCGCCAUGAUGAGAAGUGUAUCAUGGCUGCCUCCGGCAUACGGAAAGUAUACAAUGAAACGAGUUGGUGUUGCUACUGUUGCCGUAAGAAGAAGUACAAAGCAGCAGUUCGCAACCUGUCGCUCAGCGUGAAUGAAGGGGAAGUGUUCGGCCUACUCGGACCCAACGGAGCCGGCAAAACGACCUCCAUGAACGUCAUGACGGCCGAGACAAAGCCUGCCAGAGGACAGGUACAAGUUGCUGGCUAUAACAUCACGUCAUCUCGGAGCGACGCGUUCUGUGUCAUGGGUUACUGCCCUCAGAACAACCCACUGUAUGCCAACCUGACGAUGCGGGAGCAUCUUGAGGCGUACGGGAAGAUCAACGGCGUUCACCCGGAUGACGCCAAGACAAUUGCCCAACAUUUCAUGAGUGUCCUCAACAUCAGUGAGCAUGCCAACAAAAAGGCACAGCAACUGUCGGGAGGAACUAAGAGAAAGCUCUGCUUUGCUAUAAGCAUGAUAGGAAAACCCAAAAUUGUGUUUUUGGACGAACCAUCAACUGGUAUGGAUCCAACCUCCAAGAGGUUCCUCUGGAACACAAUCAUCUCUAGUUUCCGGGGUGACCGGGGAGCUGUCUUGACCACGCAUUCCAUGGAGGAGGCAGACGCGGUGUGCUCUCGUGUUGGAAUCAUGGUGUCGGGAAAGUUGAUGUGUCUUGGAACGACCCAACAUCUGAAGGGCAAGUACGGCCGUGGCUACAGCCUGGAAGUCAAGCUCAACCCGGGCCCAGCUUACUACUCCAUGGACCACACCAGCGGCCAGGCCGUCCAGCUACUGGAGGGACUCAUGGCUGCUUUAGAUACUAGAAUCAAAGAGGUCUUCCCUAGCGCAGAGGUUGCAGAGAAGUUUGGGGAGCGCGUCGUGUACAAGGUUCCCAGCGAGGAUGUGAGGUCUUUAUCGACAGUCUUUGCUUCACUUGAAGAAGGUAAAGAGACUCUUCACAUUGAGGAAUACAGCUUCAGUCAACCCACCCUAGAACAGGUGUUUCUGGAGUUUGCCAGCAUGCAGCGUAAAGAAGAGGAUGAAUCUAGCAAGACUUCCGACCAUUGCCCCUCCAGAGUAAACCUGUCUGUCAUUAACGAGGAGGUCUAGGCUGAAUAUGACGUCACUGCUGCUACGCACAGGAUUAGGUGUUGGAUAAGGCUUCCCGAUCCAUCUUUCAAUCGACUCAUGUGCUCUCCGUUCGAAUCCGACUAUAUAAGGAGUGGGGUUGGAGCAAUGGCGUAAAAAGUUACGAGUAGAACAGCGAGUAGCAAGUACUCGCAAGUACUUGGGUUACUUGCCCAGCACUAAUCAUGCAUAUUAAACAUGAAUAACAGUACAGCAGGUAUCAUUGAUCGUCUGAUUUAAAAACAAAUUCAUAGAUCGGGAAAUAAAAUGACUUUCAAGCAGAUUAACCACACAAAAACACCUCAAGACUGAUGAGAGUUUCACAGCAACGGCAGAAGCAGUUCGUGUUGAAGCUCAAAGAUGUAAACUAAAACACUGUGGUUACGAUGUUCGUUAUACUGGAUGUAAUAGACCUAUAUCAUGCUUCCAUCAUUGCAGUCAUGUUCCCUGUGUCCAAUAACAGUACCGAAUGAUAAUAUUUUGUGCAAAAAGGAACCAGACUAUCUUUCCC